AUGGGAACACCGAAACUAGUCAACCCUACUGCUCGCGCGCAAAGUGAAGAACCUGAUGAGUCGAACGUACUCGUUCGAGACAUAGAAGUUACAGUACCUAUCGAGCCCCGUCCGCCCAUCUGUGACGGCGAGAUCCCACUUGCUCACACAGAGUCAUUUUCCUUCUCCGACCUGGUCGGCGCCGAAUUUAAUGGAUCAGUACUAAGUGAGGAUCUUGGAUUUGACUUCUGCAAUAAUGAUUUCGAUAAUCUAAUGGGCAUAUCCGAAAAUGACGUGUUGAUGUUGUGCGACUCUGACGAUGACGAUGGUGAUACCUCGCCUAGACGAACAAUGGACUUUGCCUCCUACCUUGAAGAUACUGGAAGUCGAACACAACCAAGUUAUCUCGCUUUAGUCGGCGGCACCGACACCUUCACUCGGUACCAACCCAUCACGCAAGGUGCGCAGGGUCCAUUACAGGCUUGCUGGCCCACCGAACUGGCUGCUCAGCGGUAUGUUCGAGCAUUUUUCGGUUCCUUUCAGAGACAUAUACCACUGCUCCACCUCCCAACAUACCUUGCGCAUCAACGCUCGAAGCCGCUGCAGUUUGCAAUUUAUGCGGUCGGUGCCCUUUAUGUGUUUAAUGGGGCCGAAGCCCGUCAAUUAUACCGUGCCGGGCACGAAGCUUUCUUGGCCCAAAAGUCAUUGCUAGCACCUCUCGAACGACUACAGACGUUACUUUUACUUACAAUGUUCGGAAGCUGGUCCGACGACGAUGAUCUACGGGCGGAGGCUAUACCGCUCCAAAGCCAGCUAGCAGAAGAGGAAGACUGGAAAUACCUUUUCAGUUCUGCCCCACGACCUCAAACGUUUAAGGUCGCCCUUCACAAUCUAACGUCAUUAUGCGGUCCCGUGUUGCAAAUCGACAGUGGCUUGGGCAAUCUCGUAUUGAUGAUUGCGCUGUAUACGCAUGUGAGAUCUUGCAAAUCGGUCUCUUCCUCGCUCCCGACUCCUCUUGGCCGGGAGAUAACCGAGACAAGCACCGUAUCACUGAGGCGGUGGCUGAAUUCGUUGGCCGGUUCGGGGAUUGGACGCCAACAUGAACAGAUUGGUGCCGAUUGUUCCCUCACUGCGUCGGCGUUGAUUCUAUGGAAAGUUGCUACCAUUCAGCUCUAUGCAGAUUUCGAUUCAGUUGUGGAAGUUCAAGACGCCAUUCUGGCUCUUUCUACAGGACAACAACAAACCAUCUCCGCCCUCCAGCCAAUUCGGAUGCCUACUCACACAGCCGAGGCCAUGGGCCACGCGGUCUCAUUCGUCCAUGGACCGGUUCUCCGUGGUAUCCAAUUCCUCAAAGCGACUGCAUGUGCCGAUAUCAGCAUAUAUGCUGGUCUGAUGGGGUUUCACUGUGUUGUUCUUCUAGUUAGAUGGUUAUCUAGCCUAGAGUCUGCGAGCAAGGCGACUGGCAGCCAGUGCACUCACCCAGACGAGCUGCUGUUGCUCCAGAAUAUUCGUGAAUUUAUCGGUGAAUCUGACCAACCCUCAAUAGAGGGCGUCCCACUGAGUGUGGCUUGUGCCAGAAUUUGGGUGGAAAUCUUGGAAUCCGACCGCCAAAUCUGGGGGGUUAGGAAGCUGCUUCGUACUUAUCUUGACAAGCUCAUAUAG